AGAAUGAACAAUUGCAUGAGCAACUGCAACAGAUAGAAGAACCGUACUAGGCGUAGUCAAAAACAAAAGCAGGACGAAGAACGAAUUGCCAGUCCUCUCUGUUGAAAAUCAAGAUGUCCUCCUCCACCUCUACUUCUACCAACCGCCGCGGCAAGAAGCGAAUGCAAGAACCUCAGAUGAUGAAACCACAACCCCGCCAGCAAAACCAGAAUCCCCCCCUUCCCACCCCGUACUACGCCCCGAGCGAACCGACGGACCCGCAAGAUACCCAGUCUCUUCUGGACAUCCUGGCCAAGUCCGUGAACAUAGAAAACCGCGCCGAUAUCAAGUGCAAAAGUGUCUGGGUCUGGAAGAAUGUGACUUGUCAUGCUACAUCUGGAUCGUGGAAAAAUUUGUGUUGCGCGACAGAUUUACCAAAAUACUAGGUCCACUUUUGAAUAAGUUCUUUAGGGGCAGUUUCUCAUGCAGGUAAGGCAUGAUAGAGAUCUGACAGUACCUGUCAUGGUGCUAGGCCGUGCAUGCCUAACCGCGUGGGUCAUGGAAAACCUGCAUGACAUUCUUUCAGAUGACCCAGACACUUUUACAUUUGAUAGCCGAGCAGGAAAUACAACACCACCGGAACAUGAUCUCAAGCAGUAGAUCUGCCAGUCGCAGCCCGGUCAGCGUCGUGCCGCAUCAACCCUGCUUCACGACGUCAAUGCAAAGCCAGGCGGACGAGGACGGGAGUAGUGCUAGUGGUGGCGCAGCUGCAGCACUAGCAACCAGAUCGGCAGCACAUCAGCAGGUCAAGAGCAGCCAAGAGCUCCAGCAAGUGAAUCACUACGGCCAGGUUGUACAUGUGCGGGGAACAUCAAGCAGGAAAAGUCCGCGUCGCGGCGGCGGGGGAAAUAAAAACAAGAAAAGCAAUACUAGCAACUUCAAUUCAAAACCAAACAGCACGACGCAGGGGCAGGAGCUUGUUCAGAACGCAAAUUUAUUUCCCUCUUCUAGUUGGGGCAGCCGCAGCGGCAGUGCCGUCACAAACUCCGGUAGUAGCAGGGUGUAUUCAUCGCAGAUGAACACUUUGGAUCCGACAGUCCAGGGUGGACGGCCCAGAACCGUGCACCAGCGCCCUCCUUUCGUGUUAGGACAGAAAGGUCGACCAGUUGGCGCUGGGGUAGCUAAGAAUACCAUCGGCGUCAAUAGCAGUUUGAGUGGGAAGAUUGGUGGGGAUGACGAUGAGGAAAAUGAAAAGGAACUAUACGAAGACGCGGACUUUUCCCCGCCACCAGCAAUGCCAGACUUCGUGGCGGAUGUUGAAGGUGCAAAAAUGAAAAACGACACUGUGUUCUUCCCCAGUCCGCACAACGACGACGAAAACGAAAUCAACCACGCCAACGAACCAAAUUUCACCACCGAGCGCCGCGACUCCUGCCGCCGCAGCUUGAAGUUUUUUGCAGGGACGAAAGAGAUUUUGAACCCCAAUUCCGAAGACCGGAACUCGUCAGUGAAUGAGGAUUUCGUAGGAAAUGCAACAGUAUGUCUGGGUCUGGAAAGAUGCAGCAGCUUGUCAUGCGGAGUUGUAGAAGUCGCGAUCACUACUUACAAACAAGAACUUUGCUGUAUGAACCCCAAAAGUAGCUCCUACACGACACUUGUUACUUCGCAAAAGGCUGGCUUCUUAUGGGGGGUAGACAUGAUCAAAAAGGAAAAGGUCAUCUUCUCGCAGAAUAAACAUCUGUGAUGCUUUUGCUUUUGCGUGCGUAGCAUUCCAGACCAUAUGAUCAUGGCAGUGGUCCGCGAUGAACUGCAUUACAAAUCCUCCACGCUUCGUCUUCCAGACUCAGACAUGCCUAUUCGCAGUUGAUAUUUCACACCACUGAACAAUUUGGACGGGAUCGGAGAGGGGAUGUUUGAUACCACGGCGGACCGCUUUGCAGCUGACGUGAAACCCACAGGUCAACAUGCGGAAGAAGAUGAAGUUCCGAACAACAUUGUCUACCACUACGCUGGCCAGCAGCGCCACGCAAACACCUCUAGAACCUCCCGAGCAUCCCGGGUUUCCGGUCGCUCCAGUGGUCAACUACACCAAACGGUCAGUAGAACACCGGAUAGUAGCAGGGGCCAGCAGCAGGACGUGUUUGAUAACCAGAUUGGAUCUGACCAACCGACGAUGCAAGAUGACCUGAAUAGCAACUACAACCCGAACGCAAGCAGAGACUAUUCCUUCGAUAGUCCGGAGGUUGAUGUAGAUGAGGAUGCAGUUUAUUGUGCAGCUGGUGCAGCUCCUGGAGGUGGGCAAGAGCAUGUUGAUGUUGAUGUCGAUCUAUGAAGUGCAAAAGUAUCGUACAACUCGUAUAAAAAAUGCAUGACAAAUUCCCUCAGCAUCAGAAAUAAAGUUUGUAAUGCGGAUUUACCUUGAGAAAAAAAUUUGUAAUGCAUGACUGCAAUUACUACGAGUACGAGUACGAUACUUUUGCACAGGACACGAUCCGCACGGCUACAAUUCUAUCAACGAGGACGACGAUAACGAAAUCGACAUGAAAAACCAGUCCUUCGGCUCGGACGUGGAGCACCACGUUAUCUCCACGCCGUAUUACACGCGGAGCAAUUUUGACGAAAAUUCCGUCAUGUUGGAAUCCGUCAACAACUUCAAGUCCGAACAAGUUGUCGCCCGGUCGAAGGGAGCUGCAACGGAUGGCAGCGUAUGAAUUGCAAAAAGAUCGUAGUAGUACGUAAAAAAAAAGUCGCAUUACAAAUUUGCUCAGCAUGACAAUUGGAAUUUGUGAUGCUGAUUUACCUUGAGGAAGAGACUUGUCAUGCCUAAUUGCGAUAAUUACAACUACGAGUCCGAUAUUACUUUUGCACAGCAUACAACGUAGGCUCGAACAAGACUUCGUCAAUCCCGUAUUACAAUGAAAAAUGCCCCCACCCCCGAACUUGAAAGCAUUUGUAUUGCAAAUCUUUCCAAAUGAAACAUUCGCCCUCUUGCGUGUAUCAGCAUCACAGAUUUCCGAUCGUGAAUAGCAAAAAUUUGUAUUGCAAAAGAUCCCAGCAAGAGCGGUGCUUGUCAUGCAAGCGAUGCGAAACACGACUAGAAUCUGCAUCAGAAAGAUUCUUACUCCUUUCAUGCAUGACAAAAAGCUUUCAUUUGGAAACUUCGCAUCACAAAUUUGUUGCAAUUUCAGGGGUGGGGGGCAUUUUUCACUGUGAUACCCCGCAUCUGGUGGAAAACGAUGCUAAGCAGUAUGGAUUGCAAAAGUAUCGCACUCGUAUAAAUGCAUUACAAAUUAUUUCCUCAGCAUGAAAAAUAAAAUUUGUAAUGCUGAUUUACCUUAAGAAAAAGAUUUGUAAUGCAAGACUUGCAUUUAUACGAGACGAGUACGAUACUUUUGCACAGGAUAAGCAGUGCAGCUCCACAACAAGGGAGACAGCACCGCUGUCCGGGUCUUUACGCGAUGUCGUGAUUGGUGGAGUGACGAACAGCGGUGGACCUGCGUUAUUUAGGGGAGCUCCGGGAGGCUUGAGGUUGGGACUGCCGCCCCUGUUGAGUGGUAGAAUUGUAAAAAUUCUGCUUGUGCUUCUUCCCGUGAGUCAGUUGUUCUAUUAUUCGUGAAGAGUUCUAAAAAAUUCACAAAAACGACCUCCUUGUGCGCGACGUGUCACGCAUCAUAGAUUUAUUUUCAAACGUUCACAAAACAGAAAAAGCAAUGCUGAAUGCUUCCUCCAACACGUCGGCCUCUCGGCCGGGAAGUCCGGGAAAACAGUUGAUGCUUUCCGCGAGGGAGUAUAACACGCCGAAGAUUCUGUCCCCGUCGCUCAACCAUCUCCAACUCCGGCCCAAUUUCAUUCCGCCCAGCAGUUGCUCCAAGAAAAGUGAAACAGUCUCCCCUACUUUGGCCGGCAUGACAUCUUCAAAUGCUGGAGGUGUUGCUGUUGACGCGCAACAUAGUAGUCAACAUCAACAGCAGUACUACUACGAGGCUGCUGAUGUUCCCCCGCCGCACCAACAUUCCCAGUACACUACCCCUGCGUUGCAAAUUCCUAUUCCUGGAAGUGGAUGUGACACAACUACCUCUCCCACGCUUACAGGACCGGCGCCAGCAGCCGCUCACCCCGACCCGACGGUUGUGGCAACCAACCAACCCCACCUGCUGGUAGAGCAAGCAGCCAGUUUAGCCCACACGCUGUCAUCUUCCCAGAUGGAGCACCAAACGCAGUCUGUGAACGACACUUCUUUCAGCUCUUCCAUCACGAGACUGAAGGUAAUUUCCGAGUUGCAAGAGACGAAGAAACGGUGCGAGGAUUUGGAGCACACCCUCUACACAGCAAGAAGUCAAUGCGAAGAUCUCGUCUUGGAAAACGAGCGACUGAGGGAGCAGGUUUCGCAGCAGAGCUACAGCUAUCAGAUCAGAGGAGAGCAGGAAAAUAACGAAAACAGACAUGACGGCACGUGCUACUCCAGCCCUGUGGUGAGUCAGGACGGGGUAAUUCUUCGGGAAACAAACGGUAGUACCAGUAGAGAACGACAAUACCCUGCUGGGUCGAUUUCCAACUCAUCUUGCAGUCCGGAUGCCGGUCCUGCUGGAGAUCAACAGCAUCAUGAACAUCAAUACUACACCAAAGUGGGCGACCUGAACCCGCAUCAUCAGGAGUUCUUCACGACACAAAUACAGUCCGCAGGAGCCGGUGCUGUGAGUCAACAUCGCACGAUAGUACCUAGCAACAGACCAUCUUUCUACAACAGUGUGCGGAUUCAACAUCACCAUCAGAACAGCCUUCCGGUGUCGAAAAUGAUGAACCCGUCCUGUCACGAAGAAACCUACCACCAGAUGCGGCUCCAAGGGUACUACUGGACGCUGCUCUUCCGGAUAUCAAACGCAAAUAUGUCUGGGUCUGGAAAGUUGGAACUUGUGAUGCUAGCUUUGGACUCGAAAAAAAUCUGUAUUGCAUGACCAGCAAGAGGAGUGCAGUUUGUGCUACGCGUGGAAGGCAUUUGUCAUGCGGAAUAGGCAUCAAGAAAAAACUGAGAAAACCAGUGAUGGUAGGGAAUACAUCACAGACGUCACGGGUCAUGUAAAAUCUGCAUGACAACCUUCCAGACGCAGACCCAGACAUAUUUGCAUUUCAUACCGGAAAAUCGCGGACAAAACCCUGGACCGAACGGAAGAAAUUCUACUGAAAAACUGGAAGUUACUCCAGGACGAGGCGGAAAACUUCCCGUCGGAUACGGAGAUCCAGGUGUUGAGUUUUUUGGAAUUAGACGACAAUUCGAAGGAUUCUUUCAAACGGAAUUUCACGAAAUUCUACAUCCGCUUCAUGCUGCGGAGCGGGUUUGCGGUGGGGAAGAAGGUGAAGGUAUCAACUGUAAAAAUGUCUGGGUCUGGAAGAAUGCAAGGUUGUCAUGCUUGUCUGGCAUGACUUGAGAAUCUGUGUUGCAUAGGCACGAAAAGGCCCUCUUACCUGUCACGCAAAAACGCAGUUUGCCAUGCGGAAUACGUAAGACAUGGGAGCCAGAAAAUUUGUCAUGCAUAGCUGCGUAUUGCAGUCCGUCUACCAUUCACUUUUAGCAUCACAAGUUUCCAGACCCAGACAUUUUUGCAUUUGAUGGAAGGUUUUGAAGGGCGAAAUCGGCGAGAGGGGAAGGGUUUUGAAAGAACAGAUAUUAACCCUGCAAAUGGACAGAAACGAAGCAAAGAAAUUGUUGAAAAAGGCGGUGAGCAAUUGUUCAUCUUCGAGUAGUUCCACGAUGUUGAGCGCGUUCUUUCCCUUUACAACAACUUCCGAAACUACUGCGUCAAAGUCGUAUAACCCGCUCAGGUGUUACAAUCUCAAACGUUACAAUACAAUCUGAGACUUGUCUUGCAUGAUGAGCAUGAUCUAGCCAACUCUCAUAGGGUUGCGCAUGACAAGUUCCGGAGCUCCAAACCCCCCUACAAUCUGGGGAAAUUUGUAUUGCAAAUGGUGGAACGCUGUGCGAGUUUGUCAUGCCGAUCAUGCAACACAAAUUCCAGAUUCUAUUGUAACGUUUGAGAUUGUAACGUUUGAGCAAGUCAUGAUAAGUCGUCUACCGCUGGGACUGGUGGGUGGACGUCGACUACAGUACUAGCUUCUUCGAAGUCAUCCAGUCUGGUGACCGCCCUGAACGACGUAGCCGGAGCUCCACCCGGGGUCGAUCUCGUUUCUGAUGAUCAUCGUGCAGUUUGUGAUGCGGAACCGGAACGGGGCGAGGCGGAGAGGACGCUCGUCAAGCAGGAAGAAGACCGGAGGUUGAUGGGGACGGAUCAUUCUCAUUCAUCCGGGGUGAUGUUGUCAUCUUCUGAUCAAAAAGCCACUGUCAUCUGCUCAACAGCAACUUCUCCGACCAGCACAGGACAAGAACUGAUGAAAGUCGCGAUGUUAAAAGCCAAAUUCGGAAGCCGGAGCGGACUCGCGGAGUUUCUCGUGAAAAAGCCACUGAAAAUCACGUUCGUCGAAGCGCCGAAGUUUGCGAUCAACUGCGUUUUGUUUUUAUGCAAGAAAAAAACUGUGUAAGUGUAAGUCUGUGAUGCAGCAAAUGCAAAACAGUUACACUUGUCAUGCUGGAGAUGCAUCAGAGGCUCUUUCCGUAUGUGUUUUCACAUACUAGCCGCGCACGACCACAGGCUCUCUCUGUCAUGCAGAGCAAACUUGUGAUGCUGUUCCUCCAAGAAACUUACACUAACACAGUUUUUUCCUUGGAUAGAUUUUCCCAAGGUUUUACUGGCGGUGCGGGAAUGAGGUGGUGGCGUGGGUGGUGGGAAGCGGUUGA